GUUGCGGCCGCGGGGUGGCGGUGACGUGCUGCAGCACUCAGAGCGCUCACACGCAUCAGCCGCAGAAGAAGAAACGGCGGUGGCGAGUCGCGUUCAGAGAAACAGCAGCAGGCAAAAUCAUGGAGGAAACCGCGAAAAAGGAGAAAAAGCAGGCGGAGAUCACGGAGGAGAAGAACAAACAACCGGCGGGGAAAGACAAGGACAAGAAAGAGGAGCAGGAGCUGUCAGAGGAGGACAGACAGCUUCAGGAGGAGCUGGAGAUGCUCGUGGAGAGACUCGGUGUAAGUGCUGCUGCUUCAUUGUUUUUGGGGAGCUGCCAUGUUGACACGUUUGGUGAUCUUGUGUGUGUUUGCAGGCAUCUGGCAGGAGAGGUCGCUAAGGAAUGGCAGGAGAUCGAGGAAGGGGAUAAAGCUCAACAGGAAGUGCUGCUGAAGCUGGUCAAAGAGAUCGUCCCGUAUAACAUGGCCCAUAAUGCCGAGCACGAGGCCUGUGACCUCCUGAUGGAAAUCGAGCGGCUCGACAUGCUAGACACGUACAUCGACGAAAACGCCUACGCUAAAGUCUGCCUGUACCUGACGAGCUGUGUGAGUUACGUCCCCGAGCCGGAGAACUCGGCUCUGCUGAAAUGCGCUCUCAACAUCUUCCGCAAGUUUAACCGUUACCCAGAAGCCCUCAGGCUCGCGCUGAUGCUUAAUGACGUGGAGCUGGUGGAGAACAUCUUUACUUCCUGCAAGGACAUUGUCAUUCAGAAGCAGAUGUCGUUCAUGUUGGGUCGACACGGCAUGUUCCUGGAGCUCAAUGAAGAUGUGGAGGAUUUUGAAGAUCUGACGGAGAUCAUGUCCAACGUGCAGCUCAACAGCAACUUCCUUGCCCUCGCUAGAGAGCUGGACAUCAUGGAGCCGAAAGUGCCAGACGACAUUUACAAAACCCACCUGGAGAACAACCGCUUCGGCAGCAGCGGCUCACAGGUGGACUCCGCUCGCAUGAAUCUGGCCUCCUCCUUCGUCAACGGCUUCGUUAAUGCUGCGUUCGGACAGGACAAGCUGCUCACGGAGGACGGGAACAAAUGGCUCUACAAGAACAAGGACCACGGCAUACUCAGCGCGGCGGCGUCUCUGGGAAUGAUUCUGCUGUGGGACGUGGACGGCGGGCUGACGCAGAUCGAUAAAUAUCUUUAUUCAUCUGAGGACUACAUCAAGUCCGGAGCGCUGUUGGCGUGUGGGAUCGUUAACUCCGGCGUUCGUAACGAGUGUGAUCCCGCUCUGGCGCUGCUGUCUGAUUACGUCCUACAUAACAGCAACAUAAUGAGGAUAGGAGCCAUUUUCGGGUUGGGUCUGGCGUACGCCGGCUCUAACAGAGAGGAUGUUCUCUCGCUGCUGCUUCCUGUCAUGGGAGACUCCAAAUCCAGCAUGGAGGUGGCAGGAGUGACGGCGCUGGCGUGUGGGAUGAUCGCCGUGGGUUCCUGUAACGGUGAUGUCACUUCCACCAUCCUGCAGACCAUCAUGGAGAAGAGCGAGCAGGAGCUCAAAGACACGUUCGCUCGCUGGCUGCCCCUCGGCCUCGGACUCAACCACCUGGGUAACAAGAAAAUACAAUACAAUACCUGUCUCUUGUGCAUUCAGCUGCGUUACGGCGAGCCCACGUUAAGGAGGGCGGUGCCGUUAGCGCUCGCUCUGAUCUCCGUCUCGAACCCGAGGCUGAACAUCCUGGACACGCUCAGCAAGUUCUCCCACGACGCCGACCCCGAGGUGGCCCACAACGCCAUCUUCGCCAUGGGCAUGGUGGGCAGCGGCACUAAUAACGCGCGUCUGGCGGCGAUGCUCAGGCAGCUGGCGCAGUAUCACGCCAAAGACCCCAACAACCUGUUCAUGGUCCGACUCGCACAGGGUCUCACUCAUUUGGGGAAAGGCACGCUGACGCUCUGUCCGUAUCACAGUGACCGGCAGCUCAUGAGUCAGGUGGCUGUAGCUGGACUCCUCACGGUCCUCGUGUCCUUCCUGGACGUCAAGAACAUAAUCCUGGGGAAGUCUCAUUACGUUCUGUACGGGUUGGUGGCGGCGAUGCAGCCUCGUAUGCUGGUCACAUUCGACGAGGAGCUCAGACCGCUGCCGGUGUCUGUGCGAGUGGGACAGGCUGUAGAUGUGGUGGGUCAGGCCGGGAAACCCAAAGCCAUCACAGGUUUCCAGACUCACACCACACCGGUGCUGCUGGCUCACGGCGAGAGAGCGGAGCUGGCCACAGAGGAGACCAUCCCCGUCACAGCCAUCCUGGAGGGCUUCGUCAUCCUGCGCAAAAACCCCAGCUACGACGCUUAGGCCUCCGACACGCCUCUACAAUAUUUAAAGCACCUCGUCCUCCCUCCGCUGUCUUUCUCUCGGACCCGCUAAACAGUUUUGCUCGUUUUUGUUACUUAUUCUGUGAAAGGUUGAGAUAC